AUGUCGGCGGGGUCGCCAAUGUCGCCGCUUGAGCGGGCGUCCACCGCGGUGGAGAUUGAGUAUGGAUCGGAUGAUGAAUUUGGCAGUGAAAAGCCCCAGGGGGCACGCAGUGGACUGAUGGACGGCCUCACUUCGGCCGUGGGCCAGCAGGUGGCUGCCAAUAUGUUUGAAGCCGGCAAGCAGUCCGCGGAAAGCGUGUACUCGUCGUAUGCCCGCAUUGACCUGCUGCGCCCCUACUUUGAUGUCGAGCCAGCCGAUAUUCGAUAUCGACUCCUGAAGUCGUUGUGGCCACAGUUCUCCUCCGUGCCCCAGAUCAUCCCCGCCGACCUCUAUGGGCCCAUCAUGUUGGCUUUUACUCUGUCGGCCAUCCUGCUCCUGGGCAUGAAGGCCCAUGGUCAUGUCGCGGCCCGCGAGGGCACGCUCAUCGGUACAGCCUUUGCCGUGGCCUUUGGCUUUUGGGCGACGCUCAGCACCAUCCUUUACACCUUGGGCUUCAUUUUCAACACCAACGUCACCGCCUUUGAACUUGUUGCCCUGACCGGCUACUCCAUGUUCUCUUAUUGCAUUGUUCUCCUGAUCAGCCAUCUGCACCUUGCCGAGUAUGACUUUUACAUGGCCUGGCUCGUCAUUGGUUCCCUGGCCGCACUACGACUGGGCUUUGCGCUACGCUCAAGAACACCCGAUGGCAAGCAGGGUAUCAUGGUGGGGGUCAUUGCUGCUACGGUGCACUGGACCUACCUGCUGUAUCUCAAGCUUUCUUAUGUUACCCUAUACAAUGCGAUUGUUUGA